CUGCUGUCUUAUCUCUGUUAUUUUUCGUUGAUCAUGGGUUUUUCUACAGAAUGGAUGUCGUUUUUAGCCUUGUUUCUUUAACUGUCACUAAGGUUCUACAGUUGUCUGGGUUCGUCCACAGCAGGAAUGACCUGAGGACCAAAAAGAUGGAAGAAAAAGCGUUAGAAGUGUACGAUGUCAUUCGGACCAUCCGAGACCCGGAGAAGCCCAACACCCUGGAGGAGCUGGACGUGGUGACGGAGAAAUGUGUGGAGGUCCAGGAGCUCAAAGAGGACGAAUACCUGAUUAUAAUCAAGUUCUCUCCCACCGUCCCUCACUGCUCUUUGGCUACUCUGAUUGGUCUGUGCUUACAGGUGAAGCUGCAGCGCUGUUUGCCUUUUAAACAUAAGUUGGAGAUCUACAUUUCUGAAGGAACCCACUCUACUGAAGAAGACAUUAAUAAACAGAUUAAUGACAAGGAGCGUGUCGCAGCUGCCAUGGAGAACCCUAACCUGAGAGAGAUCGUGGAGCAGUGUGUUACAGAACCAGAUGAUUGACGGAGGAUCUUCAGUGAUGAUGAUGAAGACUCUGGGUUUUUCCAGUGUUUGUUUUUGUGGGUCAUCAUGCAGCAGCUGGGACUGUGAGUCAUGAGAAGAAAAGGACUGGAUUCUGGUCUUGAAUCAGAAUCUCCCAUUUUCAUCCCUCUGGUUUUUCAGGCCUGGUUCUUUGGGGAUAUUUCUCACUUCUUCUGUAUUUUAACUGAAGGUUAGGGAACAUUUUAAAAUGACUUUUCAGAGUUGACAGUUUUUUGUAUAUUUGUGCUCUGAUUAUUUAAACUCACAUUUGAGCUCAAAUUAUAUUUUAGCAGUGAUUUUUAAAAAGUUCAAAUGUAUGAAAGAAUGAAGUAUUAAAAUCAUGUGUUUUAAACUUCAA